CCACACCCUUCCUUGGGAGAUUCACUCCAAAAAUGGAGUCACUCGCGCCAUACCAGACGGCAUCGAGUCAUUUGAUCACGACCAAUUGCGCUGCAAGCUUCAACCAUCGCAACUUUUACCGAUUCAUCCCGGUAAUACACCUUUUUUGCUUGGUGUUUCCAUCGCUGCUUCGGAAUAUCUCCCCACCCGGUCUGCGGAGAUCCCUACCCCAGGAUCUCACCUCAACCCGGACACCGCCCCCUCACAACCUCACUUUAGCUCAACCAACAUCGGUGGUUGCCCUCUCAGAUCUCUGGAGGGCGAUUUUGGGAUUUCGCAACGGCGUCGGAUUCUGUGGAGGAUGAAAAGGGCCAAGGAUCGAUGGGUGUAAUACGGAAAAAGACCGCCUCGCGCGGCACGGAGGCUGGCACCAAGUUCCAUUGCGACGUGUGCUCGGUCGACGUCACAUCAACGGUCCGAAUUUCCUGUGCGCAUCCCUCCUGCCAUGAAUACGACCUCUGUGUUCCCUGCUUCGCAGCUGGGGAAAGCUCCAAGAACCAUGACCCGGCUACCCAUCCCUUCCAAGUCAUCGAACAGAACUCUGUCCCAAUCUUCCAGCCAGAUUGGGGUGCCGACGAGGAGCUUCUAUUGCUAGAGGGCGCCGAGAUCUACGGUCUGGGGUCGUGGGCUGACAUCGCUGAUCACAUUGGUGGCUACCGCACCAAGGAUGAGGUUCGCGAUCAUUAUAUCGAUACAUACAUAAACAGCUCCAACUUCCCGCUACCAGACCGAGCCGAUCCCGAGGAUAAGAGUCUCCAGGAAGCAAUCUCAAAAGAAGAAUUCCAGACGCGCAAGAAGCGUCGGAUCGAGGAGCGCAAGGAGGCUGCCAAAGCGGCGCCACCAACAACCCCCAAGCAGAAGCCAACCGCCAGUGUUCCGGCAUGCCACGAAGUACAAGGAUAUAUGCCUGGUCGUCUGGAAUUUGAGACGGAGUUUCUAAACGAUGCUGAAGAGGCGGUGCAACACAUGACCUUCGAGCCCGGAGCUGGCAUAGGCCCUAACGGCGAGAUUGAUGCGGAGACCGAAUUGAAGAUGACGGUGGUCGACAUUUACAACUCCCGGCUGACGGCACGAACGGAGCGCAAGAAGGUGCUGUUUGAACACAACCUGUUGGAAUACCGGAAGAACAUUGCGCUGGAGAAGAAACGCACGAAAGAGGAGCGUGAACUGCUGCACAAAGCCAAGCCGUUGGCACGAAUGAUGAACUACAAGGACUUUGACGAGGUGAAUAAGGGGUUAGAGUAUGAGCACAAUUUGCGCUUGGCAAUCGCGCAGCUCCAAGAGUGGCGGCAGAUGGGCAUCGGUGAUCUGAAAGCCGGUGAGAAAUACGAGCAAGAUAAGCAACAGCGUGCUCAACGGAUGGUUCCUCAAGGAUCUUUCGAUCGGUUUGCGACCCCGCGUCCUAAGCAAGCUCAAGUCGUUGAACCCCCGUCGUCCGCAAAUCUGCUCACCACCCCGGAGUUGCCUCUCCGACUCCAGAAGGCUGCCAAUCCCCAUAAGCAGCCUGACCCAGCCAAUAUGCCCAUGAAUGACUUUGACCUUAUGUUUGCCACAAAUGGAGACGCUGCGCCCGCACCGCCUGCGAAGACCAAGUUUGUCGUGCAGCCACUGAGCGGGGUGCCGCCAUGGAAAUUGGACAGUGACCGCGCCGCUGAUCUUCACCUGCUCACCCCAGAAGAGAUCGAAGUGUGCAACGUGCUACAUAUCAUGCCUAAGCCGUAUUUGGUUGUCAAAGAAACGCUCUUGAAGGAGGCAAUGAAGCAGGGCGGUAACCUGAAGAAAAAGGACGCCCGUGCAAUUUGCAAGAUUGAGGGCACCAAAACAAGUCGCAUCUACGACUUUAUGGUGCACAGCGGAUGGAUCAACAAGGUGUAGUCAUGCAAAUCUAGAGAUAUUGGUUUGUCUGGCUAUACAUUGCUUUUUUGUUUUUCAUCCAACUUGAUGUCCAUAUCUUUCACUGAUUUGCUGUGGGAGCGUUUGUGAUUUCUUUGGCGUUUACUUGGGGCGGCUGGGGUAUGCACGACGGGAGGUGUUGUUUUACUUAUAUCGAAGGGGAACCAGGACGGUAAUGCAGAAUCUACCGACCGUUUGAGUAUUAUUAAACAUUGGUCGUGGCCUUUGUCUUCGCCCUGGAUUCUUGGUUGACCUUGGGAUGCCUUACUUUGUACAUAUUGGUGGUAUAUAGUCUACUUGGCGAUAUACCUCGGCUUCUGGGAAUUACUAGUGCUCACGACGAGUUAGUAAUAAUAGAGUAUUAUUCAUAAAGUCUC